CUUGUUUUUGUUCUUUUUGAUUCAGGUUUCAUUAACGCAAAACAUGAAUUUAGUGAGUUUGAUGCACUGAGCCUUGCAGUAAACUCGUCAUCUGGUGUAAAUAAUGUUGCCAUAAGGUUGAAGAACUUCACCAUCACAAACGAUACAAACUUAGUCAAUCAAGGUGGGAGUUACGUGAUUAAACUAAUUUUUAUUUAGAAUAAGUUGUUGCAUGACUUGUUGUCUCUGCCCGCUAAAUCACCAGAUGAAACGGGCAGUGGUUUAGUACUGUAGAAGAUAUGUAAGCACGUGACCGUCUACAUCUAUAUAAUUACUCUUCAACGUCUUACACAUCAAGAAGAGUUAUUUUACACAGAAGAGUUACUUUACACAUCAAGAAGAGUGAUGAUGCAUUAGAACUAGAAAAUGGUUGGGGUAUCACGCAAUUUACAGGACCAGAUCGUCCCAGAGAAAUGCAACCUGUAGAAUGUUUCCACUGGCCACAGAAUUUGAGCCGUAAUCGGGGGAGAAGACAGUGAAUAAAAAGGACGUUCCGACUGCGCUUGCGCUGAACCCCGUUGCUCACGUAUUAAAGAAAUGGCGGAGUUGCGGGAUUAGCGCGUAAGAAGUAAUAAGUUACCAAGCAUAAAAUAAAGUGUAGAAACGAGAAUUGUGAUUAGUUUAUCAGCAUCGUCCGCUUCUGCUUCUCGUUCGACUCUGAUCGAGAUUCAAGAAAGGAACUUGGACUUCAAUUUUAUUAGUCGCAAGUGGAGUCAUGGAGUCAUAACAACAGCCAAGUCGGAAAAAAUGGAAACGUUUUUAUCUUACAAGCAUUUAUGUGGUUCCGAUUUUAUCCAUGAGUAAAAGAAUAACCUAUUAAAUGUAUCAGUCCCAAUGUGAUGUGGGUACUGUUUGUUGUUUUCCAUCUUUGUUACCUUAACUUCCUACAUCAUUCUAUUUUCAGCAUCUCUACUUCAUCAACUAAACGUCCUUUCAGUUAUCGAGGGAAGCCAUACUAAGACUUCAGCAUGCGCCCUUUCUACAAUAACCGGCAUUCCACUUAUUCGUCUCCAUGGAGACAGCAACCCACCUGGUCAAUGUGAAAACGCGGUACAGUUGUCAGCGGGAUACAAAGCCUAUGCACAUGCUUCACUUGAUAUACUUAACACGUUCCAAUGGAAAAAGAUCUCUUUAGUAUAUCAUGGUAAAGGAAUAUAAUUAGAAAAAUCAUGAAUUGCUGCUACGCCUAUCUAUAUUUCAAAGUCCACUGUACUUUGCUAAUGAUUGAGUCCGAAGGAUGAAUUCCUCCUCGCUCUCACUGUUAGCCUCCCCGCAGAUUUUUCAGGGGCUUUUUCUCGGCCAGCCGAGGAACUGGUAUCUACGUUUUGCCUCGGUUUUAAGGUUUAGUCUCGUUUGCAAAAAAAUCACGUGAAUGGUUCAGUGAAAUCACUGCCGGACGCACUCCCCUAAAUUUUCAGUUACUACUAGUAACCAGAAAAUUUGUUUAAAAUCGACAUAGAUUUUACGUUAACCGUUCCAUUCGUCUAAAAUAUUCGGAUCGAGGUCAUUCUAGUAGCUUAACUACGCUUUUCGGAAGUUGUGUUAUUCACAUUUUAAUACCAAGACAUUGCGAUUAUUGACCAUUAUUGUUAAAAAAAAAAAGAAAGGUCUCCUCAAAUUAAAGUUUCGACAAAACGUCCCCUACAAUUCCCAAUCCUCGGCCGACUAGAAAAACUUAAAAGCAAUGGCUUUGAAAACUCUUUUUGGCAAUAUAUUUGCGUUCCAAAAUUCUUAAAUCCGUUGACAGUCUUUUAUUCGUUUUUAGUAUAAUAGUAAGAGUUUCUUUCUUCCGCGAUGAUCUUUCUUUCAGAGAACCGUUUGCACGAAGCUGGAUACUUUUAUGCCAUAUCCCAGAGCUCGAAGCUCACGGUUGGAUUUGUGCAGAUUCCAGGGAAAGGGCAAAUAUCAACAGCGAUUGAACAACUUGGCAGUUUUGAACCUGACAUGAUAUUAUUGUACGCUGACCAAGAGUACACUGAACUACUCAUGCAACAGGUGAUCAUUAAGGAUGUUUAUUUCCACAGAUAGCUGCACUUGUCAUCCAUUUAGUGGUUUUCUGCCUGUUCUUGAAGUUUUUAGGCAAUGUUCCGAUUUUCUCUUCGAAUAACGUGUGAAAUCUUUCGCGUUUAAUUUUUCUCCAUACACUGCUACCAAAUCAGCCGAGUGUCUUUCUCUGUUGACAUCAAUACGAAUGACGUUAACUUCCCUGAUAAGAGCAUUUCGUGAAUUAUAAGCUGCAGUCCAUUGCCCAUGACAUUUCCAAGACUAAGGAGGGCUCGAGAGCGGUGAAUUUUCACGACUUCUGUUUAUGAGAUCAACAGAGAUGUAAUUGUAUGUUUUGCAUUUUCCGCCUGUUGGACUACGUUCGCUUUCAUACUUACGAUUAGGGAUGUACCCACAAAAAAAGAAAGAAUAAAUAAAAAAUGUUAAUAAUGAAAACUAUCCUGCUAAGGAGAUAAACAACGCUGAAUGCUAACAGUGCACUUUAAAUGCUAGUUCAUUGCAGAGUUUUCUCCGGAUGGGUGCCCGUUUAAUGCCUCAUGAGUGCAGUCCACUCGUCCCUAGAGUUUUUUCCCCCACCUUCCCGUAAUUUUCUAAGGGAGAAACGAGUUUGACCUGGGGUUAUUCUCUCUCCCUCUUUCCUGCUUUUUUUUUUUUAAUUCAUCACAAUACACUCUGUUUGCACCCCCCCCCCAGACGAGCCCCCUUCCUCCCACCCUAAAACCCAACCCACAACAAAAACAACAAACAUACACAUACAAAUCUCAUAACAAACAAAACAACAAACAUAUCAUAUGUAAAUAAUUUUUAUAAUGAUGUGCAAAUCACUUCUCCACUCCUUUAAUGUUUUCUUCCCCCCUCCCCCUCUUAUUUCCCCCACCCACCCUGCCUCUUCCCUCUGUUUUUCCUCCCCCUCCUUCUGCUUUUUUUUUUUUUUCUUUCCCCCCCAUAACCCCCUUUUCCCCCCCCCCCCCCCCCCACCCCACCUCAAAAAAAAAAAAAAUUAAGAUAUUGAUUUCAAAUGCUCCUGGAUUUGAAAACAAUAACAUUUGAGGGCAAACAGGGUGUAUUGGAUCCAAAAUGGCUGAUAGAAACAUUAUGAAGUAAAUUUUGACACUAUCUCAAGAUUUCACUAUUAUUACACACCUUUCUCAGAACAGCAACUAUCAUUUGUUGCAAGUUUUUCUUCCUAUUCAUUGGCCGAGAGCUUAUCACGUGAUCCUCAAAUAACUGUCUACAAAUAAUGGUCUACUCAUGCGCAAUUUCGUCCAACUUUGUUUGGCUGCAAAUAAUAUUCUGUUCAUGCGUAAAUGAAACCACGCUUCCCGAAGACAUUCAUUGAUAAAACAAUUACUGAACUGGGUUAUUGCAAAAAUAUCGUGAUUUGACAGUAUCACGCAGAUCAACUGAUCUACUUGCCACUGACAAGUCACGAUAUUUUGCUCAACCUCGUUCAAUAAUUGCCAAUGGUUUAUUCAUUUACCCACGUAACACUAAGGAGCUUUGAUUCUCAUUUUCUUUACUUUUCCAAUAGAAACCCUGUGGCAAUAAAAACGAAUUUAAUUGGAUUCUUCAAGGAGAGGUAGACAUACAUAUUUUGUAUUCAUUUUCUAUUUAGAAAAAUUCAAAGUAUUUUUUGUUGUUGUUGCCCGUUUUAGCGUAGCCUAAGACCAGCUUGACCAAUGGUAGAGCGGUUAACUGAGCACCGAAAGUUGUGUUCAGUUCGUAACCCCGAUGAAUUCCAUAAAUCUUGUGUUAAUAGUUAUUGAAAGAAAACAAAAUAAAUCACAACUAGUAUUUGUAAAAUGUCGUAAAAUUGGACCAAACUAAACGGCAAAAAAUGGGCGUGACAAGUCACUUGACUAAGAUAGCUCAUUAGUGACAACGGAUAAGAACAUUUUUUAAGAAGUAUUUCCCGCAUGCAAAGUUUCAAGUCGAAAAGUUAAAUCUCCUUUAAACCAGGUACAUAUUCUUCGUUGUGUCAUCGACGGCUCAGGAGUGUUCAACCUCCCUCUCAUCCUCGUCAUCGUGGAUUUCAAGAAAGCCUUUGAUAGCAUUAUCAGGAGUAAAAUGCUGGACAUACUUCGCUCUUAUGGAAUCCCCAAAAAGAUAGUCAGUUACUUUACAACAACACUAAGAGUUCCGUUCUAAUUGGUGACAGUGUCUCUAAAUCAAUUGAUGUCAACAUUGGUGUACUUCAAGGCGAAACUUUGGCGCCAAUCUUUGCGAGAUACGUAUUUCUAGUAAUCGUUCUGGAUUGAGUUAUGUGCCACGCUACCGUUGAUAAUCCUGGGUUCGUCAUGAUUUCUAGACAGUCAUGAAGGCAACCAGAAUAUAAGCUCAGUGAUCUUGAUUAUGCAGAUGACAUUGCUAUGUAACUAUCAAGUAUAAGAGACACUCAAAAAUUUCUCGAUCGAGUUGUCUUGGUUGCUUUAGAUGUUGGCCUCCAUGUCAAUGCCCCCAAAAACCAAAGUCUUGGUUCUCAAUCAUCGAAGGUCACCUCCCCUGCGAGUUAACAACAUCGACUUUGACUUCCUAGAUGAUUUCAAAUACCUAGUAGGUUCUUAUAUUGCCACCACUGAGAACGAUGCUAAGGAACGCCAAGGUCAGGAAUGGGAUGCCUUUUGGAGAUAAGAGGGUAUUUGAAAGUCUAACCUGCCAAUCGGCUAUCAAGAUUCGCCUUUACAAGUGUACUGUUCUGAGUGGUUUUCGACAUUAUGGGUCGGAGACGUGGACUCUAGCUAACCCCUGUCAUCUGAGGUCAAAGGACAGCAGCUCCGCUUCCUUGGCCACUCAUUUCGCAGCGACAAGGAGGAUCAUGUCAACAGAUCGAUUCGCCCUGUAUGUACCAUCUGAAGGGAGAUGCCAGUGUUGGCGGCCAGAAACUUUUGUUUUUACAAUACAUCUCAAGGGUCAUUGAGGGAGGCUCCGUAAAACUGACGGAACGAGAAAUACGACGUGCUGCUGAAGACCGAGACUACUGGAGUCAUCUGGUUGCCGCCUGCCGGGACAACCGGUUUGACCCACAGACGAAACCUUAUACAGCUAUUUCGAGAAAGGUUGUCGAAAAAAAAAAUGUGCACGCGACGAUCCCGAAAGGUAAAAUGGGAUAUGAACAAUACACUGCUUUUUCCGAUAAACUUUGUCGAAAUAGGCUGUAUAUAGGGUACAGGAGAGAACAGAUAAACAUUACUUCAAAAAUUCUCCUUAAAUUUUCCUCGAAAUACCAGUUGUAGCGUUGCCAAAAGAUUCCAAGGAUACACCAAUAAAAUCCACCAUACGGGUCGUUAGUAGAACAAAAUGAUAGUCGAUCAGAAAAAAAAAAUAAAUAAAAAAUAAUAAUCCACCCCCGGUGGGACUCGAACCCACAACCUUUGAAUUAGAAGUCCAACACGCUAAUCCAUUGCGCCACGGGGGCGGCACAUACACGGUGGUAUAUUUUUCUUUCUUUAUCAUAUAGUUUACAUUUUCUUUGAUGGAAAAAAAAAAAUGAAAUAUAAUAAGUUUAUUAUUUUUUUGCGUUUGCUAUUCAUGGUUAAGUUGUGUGCGGACCAAAUGGUGGUACCUGUUAUAUGAGAAAUAACAUUUCUUAGAGUUAGGGACCUUUACUUUGUAAACAUGCUUUCAAUGGUUUUUCUCCUUCCAGGUCCCUAUGAACUUAACCGCUCGCGAUAACAGUGUGGUGUUAGGAAUGAAACUUCCUCUCAAAGAGGGCUCAGAUUUAAAUACAAUCAAAGCAGCAUUUGGAAGUCAAUAUAACAAUUCUCAAAACGUACGUCCGUAAGUUUGAAGCAUCACCAGGAUACACUAUAUAUCUCAGUUAGUCUUGAAGUUGUAUAUUAGCCCUUGGACAAAGCAAAUUUUGGACAAACGGAUAUUCAAAGCAUCACCCACUCUUGUAGUCAUGUCAUCGUUCAUUGAUCUACGACUCAACAAACUCACCUGGGCACUCCCUUAUAUCAGUUAUCCAAAACGAAUAUUCCGAGUGUAGAACAGGGUACGUCGCUUUCAUGGUCCUGAGCCUUAAAAAGGGUAAACUAUACAAUUUCGCUGUUUACCUUCCUUAAUAGAAAGAGGAAACGAAAGGUUUUUGUCUUAAACAGGGUCAGUAUUUGAAGGCCUCUACGGCACACCCGGCUCUACCCUCGAUUGCCUUCAAGGGUUAGCUGCUCACCCAGUACUUUGUUACUUGGCGUUAAUGACAUGAGCACCUCCUAAGUAAAAAACCACAGGUAUCUUUUCACCAAUAUUUAUUUUUGGAAUUCACAGGAUGCGAUGGCGUUGGCCUAUGAUGCGAGUAAAGUUAUCAGCAAAGCAGUAAACUCAGCUUCAUGUUCUUCAAUUAAUGGCUCUGCUGUAACUUCACAAGACACAGCUGCGAUAUUAAAUUGCAUAAAACAGGUGAAAGCGAAGAGUCCGUUUUGCCAAUGGUCAAUUCUAUUAAGCUGACUGUAAAAUCCUACUUUCGGGACAUCAUGACCUCAUUUAGCACCUUUUUAGUAUUGCAUAACUGAGAUAGCUUAUUUUUCUCCCUGAACGAAGCCUGUGAGGUGACGACCUCUUUCUCAUAUUCAGAAUAGUUUACCUCUUGCUUAGUAUAUAAAUAUCUUCUCCGUCCGAAAUAACUCUUCCGUUUUGCCCGAUGUAAGGAAAUCCUGAUUCCAGAAUCCAGUAACUUACCAUCAAAAUGCGGAAUGAAAGUUCUACUAACAGGGAAUCCCGAAUCCAAUACCUGGAAUCCACAAUUCACUGCGUGGAAUCCAGAAUCCAAGACUGUGCUUGGGUUCCCUUACAUGGGACGUUCCAUUGGAGAAGACCCGAGACUUUUAAGCGGACCCACAAAAUACUCUGUUGUUCCGACGUAGGUAACUAGCCUCUUACCGACGAUUAGCCACUCUCACAUUUGAAAAAAAAGAAAGAAAGAGAAAAAAAGAAAACAAAAGGAUUUAAGAGGAUUAGAAGGGAUGUAAUUAAACGUUUGCAUCAACAGGUCAACAUUGAAGGUGUUACAGGUUCCAUUAGGCUGGACAAGGACGGAAUGAGAACUGAUCAGGUUGAACUCGAAAUCCUGAAUCUUCGCAACAAUUCCUUUAUAACAGUAAGUUGCGCAGUAAUUUUAUGGCCUCUUAGACUCCACGUAACUCUGUAUUCACUUCAUUAAAGAGUAAAGCUCUUGAAAUCCACUCGUUAAUGCAAUAAUUUUUUCCGGCUUUUGUCUUCAGAUUGGGACUUGGAAUGCAUCGAAGCUCGCAGUACUUUCAACAAACAUUUUACGAAAUGCGGAAAGUGCGCCAUCAGGAAUAACUCUAGCGGGGAGGAAGCUCAAGACUGUAGUUAUACUUGUAAUGACAAUGACAACAUUUUUUUUCUCCCUCAGUUCUCCAUUUGUCAUAUUAUUUUUGAGCAUUUUUAACUUGGAUAUACUUAAGCAUCGAUUAUUACUCAACGACUUGUUUCUUG